ACGUGGUUGUUGGGACGAUACAGCUUCCCGCCAUGUCAACAACCUCCACCAUUUUUCAAGCCCAAGGCGGCCGAGUCUCAUCCUUCACCCCGCUCUCUUCCUGAACCAGGUUGAACUCUACCUCGACCAUCUUGCCCACUCACGAUGGAUCUGGCAGACAAGAGAUAUCGCGGCGGAGAGCUUCUGGGCGUUGACCUCGGCUCGUGGACACUCGCGUUCAUCGCCGUCGCCCUUCGUGCCUACACCCGUCUCCGGGUCAGGAGGGACUGCUUUGGGGUUGACGAUAUCCUGAUGUUCAUCUCGAUGGUGUGCUUCACGGUAUACGUUGCCCUUUCUAUGAGCUGCAUCCACCACGGGACUGGCCAUCGUGACAAUGACGUCCCUAACGCGAAGAGCAUUACAGAGGCCAGAAAGUUCUGGUGGGCCUGCUACCACGCCUACACCUUCACCAUCUUGUUCGCCAAGCUAUCCGUCAGUUGGUUCCUGCUACGCCUCACGACCAUCAACAAAAUACACAGACGCAUCAUCCACGGUGCCGUAAUAAUCACAAUCUCCAAUAGCAUAGCUUUUUUCCUUUUUACGAUAUUCCAGUGCACACCGAUCUACUACUUCUGGGAUCACUCACAAGAAGGUGGGAAAUGCGUUAGCACCUCGGCCGUUCUCGCCGUAGGAUACACGUGCAGUGUCUUCAAUAUCGUUACCGAUCUCGUCUACGCGCUGCUCCCAGCUUGGAUCAUUUACCAUCUCCAGAUGAAGCUCAAGACGAGGAUCGCCCUCAUGAUACUGAUGGGUAUGGGAUGUCUUGCAAGCUGCGCAGUCAUAGUCCGCAUGCCAUACCUCGACCAGCAAACCAGCCACCGGAACUCGAACUCUCUCUACCUCGCAACCAACGUAGCUAUCUGGUCCAGCGUGGAACUAUGCCUGGCCAUCACGGCAGGUAGCCUGGCCACUCUGCGCCCGCUGAUCAUCAAAGUUGGCCGCAAGCUCGGGUUUGCCAGCGCUACGUCCGCGUCCGCAUAUGAUAUUGAAUUUGGCCCGAGUGGACCUCUGGUGUUGCUCAGGGAACGCACCAACUCCAUGUUCUCGAGGAGAGGACCGUCGACGCCUAGUAACGCUGUCCUGUUGGAGACCGAGAGGGCGGUGCCGUUUGAUGGGGCCCAUGCAAGUUGAGAUUCUAGUAAAAAACAGCGAAAAUAAGAGUGAGACUAACCAGAGUUCUUUCGAGCAGUUCUCCAGACACGUUAUUGUUACGAGAUCCGUCGACAAAGACCCGUCGUUUGAAGGA